UCCAUUAACAUGAGUAAGUUAAUCGAUGGGUGGAGGUGGAUAAGGUCAAGGGUCAACACUGAGGUAAACAUUUGUUCGGAACGCAUCGCUCAUGCUUGGACCGAAUUUGCACAGAAUUAUACGUUAUAAAUACAAUGAGAAGAGUAACUUGCUUAAUUUCAGAAGACAGGCACAUGUUCUUUACCGAUCCUUGUUUAAUCCUUCAGCAUUUGGAUCUGCAGGAUCCAGUACUACAGUAUGUGAUUUCGGUGUGCACAGCCUUCCACAAGGAAUAUGGAUUUGGAGUGAAAUCUUUGAUAUACCUCAUCACUGAGCUGUACAAACUAUCUAGCUCUCUACAUCAUCAGGGUAUACCAGUGUGCCAGAUUCAAGAACAUUUAGAAGCAGGUCUUAAAAUUUGCGAAGAAGUAACGAAAGAGAUUGAAAUCCAGAUAGCGGAUCACAUACCAGAAGAAAAGAUUGAUCCAUGUUUUGUAACAAAAGAAACAUUAAAGGGUAGUAACUCAUGUACAAAUGAACUAUUACCCGAUAGUUUUAAAUCAUCCGAGAAUCAGGUACAUCUCACUGGCAAUAAACAAGACAUACAAACUGAUAGAUCAACAGAAGUUGGUCAAAUUCCAGCAGUUAAACUUAGAAUGUCUAACUUAGAAACAGAGGAGGAGGAUUUAGAUGAUGUGAGCUGGUUCUUCAUGGCCGACGUCCCACUGGACACCAGACAAAUUGAUAAUCUCGCCGACACCUCCAGCACAUGGCAUGGAGCAAGUGGCUACUUUGAUGUGGAUGUUGAUGAUGUGGUGCUGAAUUCAAUGCAGGUCACAUCUCUUAAAUCUGGAGAAUGUGAGGACACUGAUGAGGACAAAUUUGAGGAGUGCUUUGACGAUGUUCCUAGAGUGGUGAAAUCAAAUACAUUUCAAACCAGUGCAUGUGAUGUAGACUCCCAAAAAUUUCAAAGGGCAGGACCUUUAAUAGAUUCCCAGACAUUUCAAAUGACGGGUCCAUCAAUACCAGCUAAUAGUAUGCUUCCAGAGACCCUGAAUAAAUAUAGCAAUACUCAGGAACCGGUCCGAUGGGAAGUCAUUCGCAAUCAGUCUCCAGAGGAUGAUGACUUUGACCAGUGCUUUUGUGAUAUAGAGAUGGAUUCCAAGAAACAGAAAGACCUUUACCCAAAAUCCACACAAAGUAUGGGUGAAAAAGCACAAGAAAGUCCAAAGCUGCUCGGAAAACAUCUCCAGAAUUUGUCAAAUGUCAGAAGUAGCCAUAAUAAAGUUAAAAACAGCAGUAGACAUUUCAAAACAAUAGAAUCAACUGUUGAAGAACUCAGCGGAGGAAAUGCUUUGUGGGAGUCGCGAGAUUUGGAGGUUAAUCAUACAUCUACCGAACCAGAGGAACAGUCCUUAGUCGCUGAGAUGGCUCCUCCAACUGCAGGGGGAAAUAUCAAAACUCAAAAUACAUCAAUAGAAAAAUUGAAUCAUUUGAUCUCAAAAUUAAAAAUUAAAUCAUCUUCAUCAAAAACACUCAGUCGUAGUAGACACUACCAAAAUUUAGAUUCCACAGUGACUGAGUUAAGUGGAGAACAUGAGAAUUACCCUUUGAACACUGACGAGAAUGUCAGUUGUAGACAACUGUCAGAUAGUACAGAUCCUGACAGAUUCUCCAUGAAGGACAAAGAUGUGGAAAUUUCUGAAAGCUCUUCAUUGAACCAGUCAACGAUUCAAGGUACUGGGUACCAGUCAAUAGCCAGAGGACUGAGUCAUGGUUGUGAGGACGUCAUGGAUGCAGUACUCAAAGUAGCGAUCAUGCAGUCCCCAAAUGAAGAAGCACUCAGACUGGAUGUUUGCGGUGUUUACAUCAUCACCAGCCCCGCACGGCUCCUGCACGACAACCCUGGCAUUGUAGAGGGCGUUGUGAUCCAGGUGUCCACUGAUGUCAUCACAAACAUCGUCCACUCAGGAGACCGACUUCUCAGAACUGUGGUCAUCAAUGGUGACAUCACUCCCACAUUCUGUCACAAGGGGUAUCGAUCCACACUGGACAGAGUGACCACCACUGCCUCCCUCCAGCAGUUCACUGACUGCUCGCGCGAUUCAUGGACAGGGGAGAUCACUCAGUGUCUACAGCUGUACCAGAUAGACGCUGUUUUAGCCAGCGGUAAGAUAUCUCCCGAUCUACAGGAACAACUUCCUCAUCUCGCUCUGGUUGAAAAUGUUCCAUUCUCGGCUCUCCAGUGUAUCUGUGCAUCAUCAGAUAUCACCAUGGCAACCUACAUUACAGAUAUAUGUCAGUUUCACAUCUGUCCUGGUCUCGUGAUGAAACCUUUCCAGGAUGACUGGACAUGCAGGGAUGCAGAUGAGCAUUAUUUAACUGUCACACUUCCUCACAAACUAAUCCAGACGGUUGUGUAUAGUCAUCCCGCCCAGAUAGGCAGGAACUGCUUUGAGCAAGAGUUCUGGAGGUGCAUUCAAUCCCUCUCCCGGGCUCUAGAGAGGGGCACCGUGUUGCCAGGUGGGGGUCAAACAGAGAAUCGGUGUGCAGCCACUCUACUCAGUAGAUCAGAUUCGUUGGAAAGUGGAACUAAAUAUCUAGUUAUGAGGGAGUUAGCGGAGGUUCUGUGUAACUAUGGUAAUUAUGUGUGCGGCCACUCGUCCAUCACUCAGUUGGUUCACUUUCUCUCACUGGCCCUAGCAGAGAGACAGUCUCACCCACAAUCUUCUCCUCAGGGUUUGUCCACCCAUCCCUACACAACAGAGCAUGACGGUACACAAGAUCUACCUUAUUAUGAUGAAGGAACAACAAAACUGGCCUUGUGGACAGCUGCCAUGAAUACUGCCUUAGUCUUACUGCAGAUUGACUCUUCUAUUGUUACGGGAAUUGAUUCACUCAAUAAAAUUUAAAAUUAUA